ACGCGGCACCGGAAGUCGCCGGAAUAUGGGGCUUUGUUGUUAUGGUAACGGAUGUAGCGUACAAUAACAAAGAUUGUUUGCAGCUUCCACCAACCGACGUGUCUGUGAAUACAGCGAUCUCACCCCUGGGGAUCCUUCAUCAGCCCCGUUAUGGAAUAGUCCUGGAAUUAUUCCGCACACGUGCUCUGUAGUAGUUAUAUGUCUACAAAUAAAGUAUCAGAAAUGUCUUGUAUGUUGGGAGAUCGUACAUGUAUGGAAAGCCUGCGGAAGGACAUCACUGAUCUUCAGGGUACCGUGAUUGAUGUUUUCUCAAGAGUGGGUGCUGUUCGGGUGCCCUCUUGGAAAUUCCCAGAUAAAAUGUCCUGUGAUCUGGACCUGGUACAGUUGUUGGAUAGAUAUGACUAUGUGGAGAAUGAUCCAGAGAUCACACAGGUUUCACAUAUGGUGUUACUGGAACUUGUGAUUGACAGGCUGCUUCUCCUUCUUCAGAGUUUUGACAUUUACACAGAGUUAAUAAACAAUGAAGGUCGGUUCACCCCAACCCGUAGUCCUGGACCCUCUAUGUCCAUUGGGCUGACAGUUCGGAAAUAUUGGAGCAGCGUGGUGAAGCUAGGAAGUGUAUUCCAAAAGCCACAAAGUGGAAAGAGAGUCUCAAUACAAGACAAUAUUAUUGUGACUAAAAAGAGUGAAGCAUCGAAAGAUCCUUCUGAUUUAUCUGAAUCCAGGCUUCAGACAGCCCCCACACGUCUUCAGAGCCACGGCAUUAGCAACACCCCAAGAGAAGCCAAACGUGAAACUGUAAAGAACACACGAAAUGUAGGGUCACAGACAUUAGAGUCUGCUCUCGUACCAUGUGAUUCAUGUGCCAUUGCCCAAAGUAGCUUGAAAGAGGUCAGCGAUGUCAUUGUUAGUGUAUGUAGAAGUCAGAAUUUGCCCACAUCGCUCACAAAAAUCCAUGAAGUUUUACCACCUGGAGGUACCCUGUCUCCCAAUGAAAUGCGAUACUGGGCCAGUGAAGAGAGCAAGGACCUGGCUCGCAUAGCUAAACAUCUGUCAGAGCUCACCCAACUGAUACAACCUCUGAGAAAUCAGCUUGAAGCUACUAAGGUUGAGAAUGAGAGGCUUCAACAAAACAUGGAAAGUUUAAAGAAUCAACUUCAGAAACAGGAAGAGGAGAUGCAAAGACAAGCAAAGGACAAUGAAAGGAAGUUAGAAAAAAAGGGGCAACAGGGCCAAGAACUGAUGGACAAGUUGGAGAGAGACAAGCAAGAACUCAGAAAAGGUUCAGCAGUCUUAGAAGAAAGAGUUUCGAUCCUGAUAGAGGAGCUAAAAAUGCAACACUGCACCAUCCGAGAUCUAGAAUUAUCCAGGCAAAGACUGGUAAGCGAGAUGCAAAAUAUGGUAAGCAAGGAAGAGGUCUCUACUCUGGAAAAGAAAAUGAAUAAUUUAAAAGUUCAACUAGACAACACACUUCAGAAACUACAUGAAUCAGAAGAGGUUGUAUCUAAAGAACGGGCUCGUGGAGAGAACCUUCAGAUCCAAAAAGAGUCCCUGCAGGCAAAGCAGAAAUCCCUGUUGCAGCAGUUGGAUCGGUUAUCUCAAGAGUGUGAGGACCUAAGAGGCAGUUUGGACGACGCAGACGAGCAAAAAGCAAAACUGGAAGAGCAAAUAGAACAAAUAGAAAAAGAGGAGGAAAACCUGAAGAGACAACUGAAGGAUCAACAGGAGGUGGUGAGAAUACUUCAGCAGGAGAAGGUGACAAUUGAGAAGUCUGUGUCAGAGGUGACCAAGCAGCUUACAGAACUACAAGGAUGCUUGCAGGAGCAGAAGGAAAGGGAGAGACUGUUGAUAUCAUACCCCGACUUACAUCCUCUGCCUGAAUUUGAAAGUUCUGGUGAUAUCACUGAGGAUAUGGAAAAACAGCUCCAAGCAAACAGCAUUCGUAUCAGCAUUUUAGAGGAGGAGAACACCAAAUUGAGAGCCAGUCUGCAAAAACUCCAAGAAAAGAGCAAACAAGGGCCACUUCAGAUAAUUCCUCAGACUCGGCUGUGGACACUCACACCCAAUAGAGAGGAAAUGUCUCCAGAAUCUCAACCUGCUUACAAUAAUAGCAGAAGCAGCUCAGUGAAGCCUCCCACUCCAAGACUUAAUUCAGUCACCUGCACUAAGGAUUCAGAGAGCACAUCAUCUUUCAGUCACCCAGAAAGAAAAGGUUCACGUCAAGCUGUAAAUCUGACGUUUCCACUUGAGAACUCUCCAAUUGCUGCUUAUGCACGUGUCAAGCAAGUAAAGGGUAGAAAUCGAAAUCGAACCCCUAGCUCAGAUCGCAAGUAGCAGGCAUACUGACACAUAAGAAGAACACGAAAAGUCUUUCUGUCUGGGCCUGCUCCCAUAUUGGGAUUUAUUUACUAAAUGAGCAAAGACUGCAAAAUGAGCAGAGGCUGUUUAUUUAGCAAUUAAAAAUGUCGGUAACUAAAGAGAACUUCACUUUAAUACUCAAUCAUGUGUAGGUGAAAAAAAAAGAAAAAAAAAAGGAUUUUAUCUAGCACUUGAUUGAUUGACUGAUGAAUUGAUUCACUGAAGUAAGUAUAUAACUUCACCUUAGUUGUUAAAGCGGAACUCCAGCCCCCCCCCCCCUCCAUAAAUGUUAAGUCAGCGGCUAUAAAUACUGUAGCUUCUGACUUUUAAUAUUAGGACACUUACCUGUCCUGGAAUUCAGCGAUGCCGGUGUACUGCCGAAUAAUUUCCACCCGGGGGAUAAGGACCCCCUUGUACUGCGCAAGCGCGGCGCUGAGUCUCCGAAAAUAGGCGAACAUGUAGAGCUGAGAGUCAGCUCUACACGGCGCAUGCACAAUGACUAUAAAGCCUCAUACA